AUGACCGAGUCUGAACAGCGAUGGAUUCCCUUGGAGUCAAAUCCUAAAGUGAUUAACAAGUACGUCCAUAACCUUGGAGUGGAUUCCACUUGGAACUUUGUCGAUGUGUUGGGCCUUGACCCAGAACUCCUGGCCUUGGUGCCCAGACCAGUAGCAGCUGUAGUGCUGCUGUUCCCGGAUAUUAAGGCUGGGGACAUUAUCGGAGAUGUGCAGCCUAACUUUCCCUCAGAUCUUUACUACACCAAACAGACAAUUGGCAAUGCUUGCGGCACAGUAGCCAUUGUUCAUGCUUUGGCCAACAAUAAAGAUCUGAUCAAGUUUGACGAUUCCAAGCACUUUAAAACAUUCCUGGAGUUGACCAGUUCAAUGUCACCCGAAGAAAGAGCCAAGUUUUUGGAGCAGGAUAACAAAAUGGGCGCAGCUCAUGAAGAUUGUGCACAGGAAGGAGACACUCAGGCCCCUCCUGUAGAUGAAAAUGUACAGCACCAUUUUGUGGCUUUUGUUAAUUUUAACGGCACCCUGUAUGAACUUGAUGGCAAUAAAGAAGGACCAGUUGUCCACGGAAAGACCAACCCUGAUAUAUUCUUGGAGGAUGCAGCAGAGGUCAUUAAGAAGUUCAUGGCUCGUGAGCCAGACAAUGUCAACUUUAACGUCAUGGCCCUGGUGAACUGCAGCGACGUGGAUUAG